AUGUUCAAAUUGCUUCAAAUUUUCACAGUAGCAUUUUUUAUUGCUGUUGCUAAUUCUCAAGGACCACCAGGACCAGAAUUCUUUUGGGAUAUUUGGUGUACUAGAAAUUUUGUCGUAGAACCUGCAACAGAUUCAUUCCCACUUUGGUAUGAUAUAAUUCCUGAUCCAAUAUUCAACACAUUCUCACCAGGUGAAGCUAUUCGUGUAACUUUACGUCCCAAUCUGCCAGAUUUCGAAUUUACUGGAUUUUUAAUUCGUGCACAUACACAAUCUGACAUGUCAGCUGUUGGACAAUGGAUUGGAAUUGGAGAUGCUCAAGGAAUGUCAUGCACAAAUGAAAAUUUUGUUGGUGACGAUUACGCUUCACAAUCAGUACCCAACAUGCGAACCUUCCAAGAUCUCAUUUGGACUGCUCCAUCAACACCAGGAAACUACGUUUUCAAUCUGACAACAGUUGAAACAUUCAUGUCUUAUUGGGUGGAUCAACUUUCGCCUGUUAUCAGAGUUGUUUAA